CGCACAUAUUGAAUACUACCCACACGCAGGUUACACCGCGUCACGCCCUUGUUCAAGGUUGAAGCCACACUAACAACUCAUUGUCCUGACGCCGCCAUGAAGAAAGUUUUGUUGGCGGUCAACUCCGAAUAUGGCCAGGCCAAUGUCUUCCUCGCCGUAGGCCACGCCCUCCAGGCCCUCGACCCCGAGACCCAGAUACACUUCGUCUCAUUCGGUGAGAUAUCGAAGGAUGUCUCGUCUGCUUCGGAGUACUCAGUCCAAUCUACGCCAAGCGCACAGCCAUGGGACUUCCAUUUGUUGGACGGUCCAUCCUUCAUGAAGUCCGUAGACGCCCACGAAGCGACGAACCGGCUCAUAGAAGCCUUGGAGAAACGCCCAAACUUUUCGUCCAGUCUGGAGGUGAUUAGCAAGGUUAUGAGUCUGAUGUCGCCCUGGGACGGACCGGAGUUCGUGCAGGUCUACAAGAGCUUCGUGCGGAUUGUGGACGAGAUCCAGCCGGACCUGGUCGUCGUCGAUUCUCUCCUCGGUCCGGCCACCACAGCCUGCAAGCACCUUGGCUUAAAGUACAUCAUCUUCUCGCCAAACACGCUCAAGGACUUUUCCGCCGCCGUUCAGCCGCGGGGUGCUAUGUUCUGGAAGUUCCCUGUGAUGGGCUCCGCCUUUUCCUUCCCCGUGCCCUGGAAGUCCAUCCCCGCCAACGUCUUCUACUGCUUCGCCUUGAUCUACUACUCCCUGAGGGAUAACAAGUCGGGAGCCGUGGCCGCCCACGUCAAGCAGGAGCUAGGCGCGGAGCUGGUCACGUUCCAAACCCUCAUGGCCAGCCCGCCGCCGGGGCUCAAGAUCCUCGUCUCCAACCGGGCCGAGGUCGAGUAUCCGCUCAAGGUGCCGAAGCACCUGACACCGUGCGGGCCCGUGAUCCGCCCCGUCCCGGCCGUGGCCGAUGUCGAUGCCGAGCUGGACGCGUGGCUCCAGCGCGGGCCAACGGUGUUUAUCAGCCUCGGAACGCACAGGAACAUGGAGGAGGACGAGGCGCUGGGGAUGGCAGCAGUAAUUACAGACUUGCUGGAGGCUGCGGAGGAGCACAAGGGGGAUGUUGCCGGGGUCCCUGGGAAGGUACAGGUGCUGUGGAAGCUGAAGAGGACGAGACUCGACGCGGCGGCUACGUACGGGACUGGGCCGGGGACCAAGGUCUACGCCGCCCUGCAGGCUGAAAUCGAGUCCGACCGGGUUAGGAUUGUCGACUGGGUGAAGCCCCAGCCGUCGGCUGUCCUCCAGGUCAAGACUGUCAUCUGCUCCAUCAACCACGGAGGAGCGAACUCGUUCCACGAUGCCCUGACCUCUGGCGUUCCCCAGGUGGUCCUUCCUGGCUGGCUUGAUUGCUACGACUUUGCCUCCAGGGCCGAAUUCUUGGGUGUUGGCCUCUGGGGCAACAAGAAGGCCAUGCCGCUUACCAGCCCACGAGAGCUUGCGCCGAUCGUCAUUAACGCGGUGCUGGGACCCAAGGCGGCGCCGAUGAGGACGAAGGUCCAAGAGUUGGCGGCACUGUGUGGCGAGACACCGGGUGUUGAGGUUGCCGCAUCUGCCAUACUGGCUGAGAUGAACGGCAAGAAGGAGUGAGACAAGGGGGGUUGUUUGGAUAUUUAGAUAGACCUGGAUAGAAGACUCCUAGAUGUAAUUUCAGAACCGUAAGGGAAGCACCUUAACCGCACCUUGGCUGUCAUAGUGGGACGAGGGUCUCGGAG